AUGGCACCUCAACCACAUAUCAAGUUAUACACAGACUCAACUCCCAAUGGAAUUAAGAUCACCACAGCAUUGGAAGAGCUUGGGCUCCCUUAUGAGCUAGAGCACCUCGACAUCAGCACUCUUCGCCAAAAAGAGCCAUGGUAUCUUGAGAUCAAUCCCAAUGGCCGCAUUCCUGCCAUUGUCGACACAUUUGACGACGGCGAGCCAAUUAGAGUGUUUGAAGGUGGAAGCAUCUUGCAGUACCUGACUGAUCGCUAUGAUCCCGAACACAAGCUCUCGUUUCCCAAGGGCAGCAGAGAUUAUUAUGAAUGCAACAACUGGCUAUUUUUCCAGCAUGGAGGCAUUGGACCCAUGCAAGGCCAGGCGUCCCAUUUCCUGCGCUAUGCGCCCACCAAAAUUCAGUAUGGAAUUGACCGAUAUGUCACUGAGACAAAGCGGCUCUAUAAUGUCCUUGAUGUUCAACUUUCGAAAUCUAAGUCUGGAUUUUUAGUCGGAGAUCACAUCUCAAUUGCAGACAUCGCAGCUUUGUCCUGGGUCAUCUUUGGUCCCUACGUGGAUGUUCCCUUGGAUCUUUUCCCAAAUCUGCACAAGUGGGAAGCAAUGCUGAGCGCAAGGCCCGCUAUCACUAGAGGAUUCCACAUCCCCAAGGUAUUGGGCAUUAAGAGCGAUGACCCGGAAGGCGCUGCAAAGUACCAGCAACGUCAUGCUGAUUGGGUGUUCAAGGGCAUGCAGGCUGAUCAGCAGGCCUUUGGUCAAAAGUAA